AUGAGUAAUGGUGAUGAAUUUAUUACUAUCCACAAUCCAAUUUAUAUAUAUCAGAAAUAUGGUAUUGGAAAGUCUUUAUUUAAACAGAAAGGGAUAGACAAAGAUGAACCAAUAAGUAUCAUUACUAAGAUUGAAUAUGUCUAUCUUAAUGAAUUGAAUGAAAUUAAUAAAGAAGACUAUCGAAAUAUAGUAUUAAAUGAAAAAGAAAAAAUGAAAUAUCAAUUAUAUUGUGAAUUAAAAAAGAAAGGUUUAUUUAUUAAAGAUGGAUUUAAAUAUGGAUGUGACUUUGUUGUUUAUAAGAACCAUCCACAAUAUUGUCAUUCAUCUUAUGGAGUAAUUUUAAUGAAUAUUCAUCAAUCUUUAAUAAAUAAUGAAUUAAUUGGAUUAUGUAGAUUAUUACAUAAUGUAAAAAAACAUUUAUUACUUUGUAAUUAUGAUAAUUCAUUCAUAACAAUGAAAGAAAUUAAUUGGGUUUCAAUGGAAAAUAAGU